UCCAUUGUUACGGUAGAUUCGAGACAUGUCUUUGACGUUCGAUCACGUAUGAGCAUGGGUUAACAGAGGGAUUACCCAGAGAUCUGUUCUCUUUAUCAGCUAAAAUGAGUCAAGCAGGAAAAGAGUUGGCUCAAUGAAAUCGGUCAUGGCAACCAUUUCUGCCGAGCCGAGUCCUUGGCAGCAUUUUAUUUGUUAUUUUUAGCUGGCUGGGUAACAACAAGCAUAGCAUGCCACGUCGUGGGCAAAUGCAAGUCAAUCGGCGACAGCCAUUUGGUGUAGGCAACCAUUGGCGAGACGGUACGAGUGGUGGAAAUCACCUACAUGCGUAUUCGAAUUUGACUGUUGACGUCACUUUAUUGGCCACACACAACGUGAUCUGAAUUGAUCAACGAUUUAAUGAAGCCGUGUGAGAAGCCAAAGAUAAAUGAAACGAAGGGAACAGUGAGAAAGGAAGGAAAGGGAAGACGUAAAUUUCUUUUUGGAUUGGGAUGAGACAGAGAAUUUGAGCUGUUCGGUUACCAAAAAGAAGAGAGAAAAAAAAAACGAUGGCGUAGUUGAAUGUGUUGCUUUGCGAACUGUGGCCGUCUCAGUUGCCUGGUGCAGGUCAUUCUGACCAGUUGUCAUGGCGGAGUCGUCGUUGUCCCGCAGGAGAGAGUUGCACAACAAAUCAUCGCUACGAACUCGAGUGGCCCAAAAUGUACGAGGCAUCUUGUUUUUCAUGAGUCUGUGGUCGCCGGGAUCACCAGUCGCCCUUCUUCGCCGGCGAACUCGUCGAUCCUACAAAAUCAAACGAGGCCACGUUCGUUACGGGAACAAGUGGAUUCCUCUCGAGAAGUUCCGCAGACUUGAGGACGCCAGCCUUGAGAUGCGGGGCCAGCCGUACAAAGCUGAGAUAUUUGCUCGUCAAUUACAAAAUGAUGGAGCAUCGUCCAGACCGCAAGCCCGCCGUGUGUCGGAUCUGUGUGUGUCGUGUAAAAACCCAGUCUUUCUUGCCGAACGGUUGAUGGUGAAUGGUCGUUUGCAUCAUCGUGUGUGUUUUCGCUGCGCCCGAUGCCAAUCCCAGCUCAGCCUUGCCAAUUACUAUGAAACAGAACAGGAACAGUAUUGUUGCGAAACUUGUCCGGAUGAAGUCGCUGCUGUCCAUAAAGCCGCAGAGUGCAUUCCGUCCGAUCAUCCCAUUCCAGCAAACUGCGGUCCAAGUGCCAUAGCAACCAGCCCCGAGGAGACCAUUUCAAGUGCGCAAAAUGUGGCCGUUCCGCAAGAGCAGCCCGAACGAGUGUCUCAUCAGCAACGGAGUUUCCUCGACAGCAUGGUGGCUGCUACCGACGCCACAAUAGAAGUGACACUGGACUCGCGAUCUGUGCCGGACGACCAACGUAAAAUUGAUGAUGACAAUGAGAAGAGAAAUUCGAGUGCGGAUGUGUGCGAUAGUGUAGAAACAACGGCGACCGUUACAGAAUCUGGAGAUGACGAUCGGAAAAUAGCCGUCACCGAACCAGUUAGUGAAAGCGGUUCUGCUGUUGCAGAUUCUCAAGAUGUUGUUGAACUGGAAGUUGCACAGGACACAGAUUUGUCGUUAACUAUUAACAAAGAGUUUACGCCCCAUGAAAUUGUCACGCUUUGCAAUGUGCCAGAGGCUGACCCACAACUUGGCAACGCGGAAGAGGUAAAUCAAGAUGCAACCGUGACAGAGCCCUUAGAAGAAAAGGAAAAUGGUGUGAGCAUUUCUACUGAUGUACCAACUACUACUGAACUUGGCAAAGAAGGUGACGUACACGAUGAGCAGCCAGCGGAUUCGUUUGAUGGAAAGAAAGAGGUUUCCUCUUCACCCGUACCACCCGCCAUUCAAGUGACUGCAACGGAGGAUUCGCAGGAUGUGGCCCUUGUCGUCCCCAAACCGCGACGUCGAAAGAGUAAAAGAUCCUCAACACCUCAAAAUAAGAUUGUUAACAAAUCGAUAGAUGAGUACCCCGAAGAGCUGAAUCCGUUCGAUGACGAUCCGCCGCUGGAAGACGGAAGUCCAACACCGGCCAAUCCCGUGGAUCAAACGAGCUCGUUCAGCUCAGGCCAGAGCACGGGCACGCCCGAAAAAGUUCUGCCCGCCCCUAAAAUCAGCCUUAAUCCAUUCGGCAGUGACGAUGAGGAUGAGGAAGAAAAUGCUAGAAAUGAUCCAGGGAAGUCGAGUGAAAAAAUCCGACCGGGCAGACCUCCUCCACCUGUGCUUAAAUCACCUCCACAUUCGUUGAAUAUAAAUCCGUCACCGUCACCAAAGAAGCGGCCAGCACCUGCCCCGCCUCCACCCAAGCCACAGAGGACCCCGAGUCUGAUGUCCGCUGAUGGCGACGUUAACGCCGUUUCCAAGCGGAAGUCUGCUCCACCGCCUCCAACCAUAGACUUAUCAAAAUCUCCGAUGCCUUCCCCCCAAACUGGGUCGCGAGUGACUAGUUCUGUGUCAAGCCCGGAGCCAAACCGAACGCAGGCGAUUUCUUCGCCGCCGCAAUCGUUAUGCUCGACGCCCUCUGAAAAAGCCCACAAAGACCUGUCUAACUUGCACUUGCAAUGCUCUGUCAACAAAGAUUCUCACGGCCAAUGGAAGAGGAAGAAAGGUCCUGCUCCUCCUCGGCCCUCGCCUCAAAAACGCCAACUCAGAAAAUUGCCGUUGAUGGGAAUCCAACAGGAAUUGGACGACAUUGAAAUCAAGCAGGUGGAACUAGAGAGGCAAGGUGUCAGCCUGGAACAAAGCAUUCGCGAUCUAACGGAACCGGAAGAUGGAAGUGAACCCAUCAGCGAUGGAUCCAUCCACAUUGAGGAAAUGAUUUUGCAGCUGUUCGAUUUGGUCAACGAGAAAAAUGAACUCCUCCGCAGGCAAACAGAACUCAUGUACCUCCGACGUCAGCAGAGGCUGGAGGAGGAACACGCCGAAUUGGAGUACCAAAUUCGCUGUUUGUUGGAGAAGCCAAACGGCGAGAAAUCUGCUGAUGAUCGGUUGAAGGAGGAGGAACUCAUUAAUCGGUUAGUCCAGGUGGUUCACCGACGAGCUGAGAUUGUUGACUGUCUAGAAAUGGACAGACAGCGUCAAGUAGAAGAGGAUCAAAGUAUACAGCAACACCUUGACGUCUUUAAUAGCCGCGGAUCUGUGCCCGCCGCAGUUGAUACUCGAAACGUUCAAGCGUCUCCUUCCAAAACAAAAACAAAAACCUUGAAAAUGAUUCAAUCGCCCAUCAAACUGAUGAAGAAAGAUAAACUUAAAAAGUCGAAAAAGAACAAGGUCGAUGCCGAUAAAGAAGUCGACGAUACAGAAGUUGCUGGUCCGCUCCCAUCGCAAAGCGUAGCAAAUGAAACAUCAGCCUCGUCGCCGUCCGUUCCAAAGGAGAAAGAAAAACAUAAAACAAAAUCGUGGUUUGCCAAGUAGAAAUGCCGUUUCCUUCACAUUGUAUCUCCCUCGUCUAUGUCCUGUUCAUCAUUUUAAGAGCUAAUUUUACAAACAAAAUUUCGUUUUUUUUGUUCAAUCGCUUUCUCUAUCGUUCUAUGUAUGCAAAUUUUGUCUUUAUUCAUUCCGCUAUCUCUUCACGCGUUGCAUCAAGUCUGUAUAAAGCUGUAGAUUUUGGAUUACAGUUUACUUGAAUUGA